CCACGACGACAGGAAGCCGGUGCUCACACGCUUACUAAGUAAUGGGUUUAUGUUUUCCCAGAUGAAAAUAGUUUUUUCAAAACCACACAAAAAUGAUUUUGAAGCCGUUUUCCGUUUUCUCGUUUCGAGAGAAAAGGGAAAACCCAUCUUUUAAUCUGGUGGGGAAUUCAAACUGUUAAAACGUGUACAGACCUGUCAGACUGGAUUCGUGGCUUUUACGCACAACGCACAGCGCACAACUUGACCAAAAGUGGAACGCUGACGACGAAGAGAAAAAGAACGAAGAACGUGCUUGUUAGCAGGCACUGCCAAAGAAUUUGCAUAGCUCACGAGACCAAAUGGCGUCAGCUUUAUUUGGUUUGUUUAUUCCUCCUAGCACAAAAUGAACAGACGGCUCAGACGACUGAGAAAAAAGCUUUUCUUGACCCUCUCCUUGUCGGUGUUGACCUUCUGUGUCCUGCUGCUCAUCGUUGACAAAUACAAGUUCAUUAUUGAACCUUUUACUUCUUUGGAGGAAUAUCUGAUGGUUCAAAGAUACAAUAUUGACUGUUCAGCCAUAUAUGACAGGGACCCAGUGGAGGUGGGUAAAUCUCUGCUCCUCAGACAGAAUGAGACUAUUAAGGACAAGGAAAUAAAUCUGCUUAAUCUUGUUUCAAACUGCUCAUUAUUUUUGAGGUUUAGAGGUUAUGAUCAGGUUUGUGUCUCAGAUAAAGAGAAAAACUUUCCCAUCGCUUACUCUCUGGUUGUACAUAAACAUGCAUGGAUGGUAGAGAGACUGAUCAGAGCGACGUACUCACCCAGUAACAUCUACUGCAUCCAUUACGAUCGGAAGUCUUUGACUCGAUUCAUUGCCGCUAUGGAAGGUCUGGCUCACUGUUUGCCCAACGUCUUCAUCGCUUCCAAGCUGGAGGAUGUCAAAUACGCUGGUUUCAGUCGGUUAAAAGCCGAUUUAAACUGUCUGUCUGACCUUUUGCAGUCAGAAGUGAAGUGGAAGUACGUCAUCAACCUGUGUGGUCAAGAUUUCCCCCUCAAGCCCAACAUUGAGCUGGUGUCAGAACUAAAGAAGCUUAACGGUGCCAAUAUGCUGGAGACACGUCGACCUACUAUGUUUAAGAGAUCAAGGUUCUCCAGGACCCCUCCUCCACAUGAUAUACAGUUGUUCAUUGGCAGCGCCUAUUUUGUUUUGUCACGAGAGUUUGUUGUUUUCAUGAACUCCUCAGCUGUAGUCAAAGACUUUUUGGCUUGGACUAAGGGCACCUACUCCCCAGAUGAACACUUCUGGGCCACAAUUGUCCGACUGCCCGGCGUACCUGGAGAGGUGCCCAGAUCUCACCCUGACAUCCCCGAACUGAUGAGCAAGACCAGGCUGGUGAAGUGGUCAUUAUUAGAGGGCAGCCUUUACCCGCCGUGUACCGGAGUAUAUGUACGUGGUGUUUGUAUUUAUGGUGCAGCAGAGAUUAAUUGGUUACUCAACUAUGGUCACUGGUUCGCUAACAAGUUUGACACCAAUGUGGACCCUAUUGCUGUUCAGUGUCUUGAGGAGACGCUGGAGAAAAGAAAAAAUGUUUUUCAGCCAGUAGCACCCCAAGAGUGCUUUAAUUAUCAUUCACCUUUAUAGGAACAGCUCCUGUCAGCUCAUGUGACCUCAAACCACAGUGUGUUUGACCGCACCUGAAUAUGGAUGCAGGCUUUCGCUGAAGUUUAACCUGCAAAGUUAUAAUUAUGAUAUAUUUUGUGCUUAGUUAGUCUUUAAAAUUUCUCCUGGGAACAACCUCCUGCAUGUUGCAAUCAUCUUUUAAAAAGAUACUGACAAUAUUAAAUAAGGAUAAGACCAGCUUUUGUUUUGCCAGAUUACAACAAAUGUUGGUAAAAUGCAUGAAUGUAUUUUACUGUAUUAAACUCAGACUUUUGAACAUACUGAAGGUUCUUGCCAAAAGUGUUUAAUGUCUUAGUUUCAUGGAAGAAACACUGAGGGCUUUUACUGUAAAUGCUGUCUGAAUUUAAGAUACAAAUAUAGUAUCAUGAUUAUGGUCUAUUACACACAUACAAGUACUAAGUUUCACAGGGAUUAGAUUAGAGAAAUGUUUUGCCAUUUAGGACCCCAUCCAUUCAAGCCAGUCUGGUUAAUCUGGUCGUCAGCUCUGGUGAGGCAGCUCUGUGACUUUACUGACUUGCAGGAUUUCCGUAUCUCACCUUGCAGAAUGUUUUCGCAUUGUUUAGUAAUAAGACAACGUGGGUAGAGAUAAAGUUCUGCCCUUCACUCUCACUUGUGAAAGUUUUUCUGAUGGAGCGGUGUAAGGAUUGGCUUCAUAAAUUAUUUGCAGUAAUGUUGCUAUUGCACUUGAUUUCUAUUUAACAGCAAUAAAAACAUACUGUAUCUGA